UACUAUCAAGUCUAUAAAAACCCACAGAGAAAACUAGUAUACAUCAUCAAAAUCGCAUUAAUUUAGCUAUCUUCAACGAAGCAUAUACACUUUUUCGAGUCAAGCUCUAUAGUCUUUGUGUAGUUGAGUUAAGCUAAGCUAAGGAAAUGUCAGGAUCAUCAAUUGAAAGUGAGAUGAUGAAGGGGGAAGAAGUGCACCUAAGUGAGAUGAUAGAGAAAGGAGAGAGGUGGUGCCUCGCUGAGGAUGUCGUAACUAAAUCCGUUGCUGUCGUUGCUAAACAAGAGGGCCUAGACAAGAAUGAGGUUUCAUUAAGGGGUUUGACGGCUUUAGCAGGCACCUUGAAGAAUUUGACAAAAGGACCCUUGGAAAUUACUGGUGAUCAUCAUCUCAAAAAAUGGGAUGGACACUUUGUCAAAAAGUGUCCAAGUCCUCUUACUAAUCUAGGUUACUUUGUACAAGCAGCCAUCGGGGCUAAGGGAGUCGCAGCAGGGGUGCUGUAUACGGGCAAGAAUCGCCGUGGUGAUCCUUGUGGCUGGCUUCUUGCUUGGUCAGACUCCAAGGCCAAUGGAUUGAGGAUUUAUGCAAGGUGUGGCCUUGAAGCCAAAUUCAAGAACCUCGACUGGGACAAAGAUAUUAAGCCCAAGUUAGACGUUGCUGGUUCCUCGGUUAAUGUUAAUGACAGUGAGACCGGAACCUCGGUGAUUGGAAAAAUAGUUGGCUCUAGCGGCAAAGAUCUACUUGUUGCAGCCUUUGACGGUUAAUAUUAUGCGUAUAUCCAUGUUUUACUGUUUUUCGAGUUGCUGGUCUGGUUUGUAAUAAGAGCUUGUCAAGCUCACUUUGUUGCAUUAACUGUUUUUGUCCUUCUUUAAAUUAUAAUUGUAAUUUCUUUGACGACUUUGAGUUUUCCUGAUGUCAAAAGAAAUAUAAAUAAAAUUACUAAUAGUAAUUUAGUAGAUCGAGUAGAUCCUUUAUCGAUAUCGAUCAUCUACUCCUUUGCUACUAAGCAUUGUGUACUAAAUUAUUGAUAAUAAUAUUUCAGUUUUCGAUUCA